AAUUAAACUUCCCAUUGAAUUGCUUGUGAAUGUCAGAGACACUCCAAAACAAAUACAUAUAUGUGGUUGUGUCCAUCCAUCACCUCUGCUUGGAAACUAUCUUGUUUCUUUCCUCCUCUGAUCCUUCACAAUGAUAUACUGGACCUUCAUAAUCAUCUUCCUUGCCUUCUUUGCUUUCCUUUUAUACACUAAUAUCGAGAGACUUAUCUCUGGCCAAACAGUUACUGAAUCCUGCGGACAUGUGUUCAACGCCUCCAUCACAAAUAGAAACUAUCCCUUCAAUAGUUGCAGCGAUCCGAGUUACGAACUAGUAUGUGAGAACAACAGAAGUGCGUUGUAUUUAAACUAUGGGAGGCACUUAGUAGAGGCCAUUUAUGCUGCUAACUCCGCCACAACUCUCCAAUCCAUCACCGCCGGAGUUGACAACAACAACUGUUCGGCGAUCUCUCGUCAUUCUCUCACAUAUCACAACUUCAGCCAAGCUUUCACAGCCAAAGAGACAGAACUAGACUCCAAAAAUUACAACUUCAAUUACUAUGUGGGAGGAUUAGUGUUUGUCAGCUGCCAACAUCCACUCUCUCCUGAUCUGCAUACGGAUACUGUGGAACCUUGUACGAGUGAAGCGCCAAGAACGCGUCAUUCUUAUGUGCUGCCGUGGCAUGCAAGGGUGUCUGAUGUGGAAGAGUCCUGCAAAAUAGAUUUGAUGGUGAAGGUGGUGCCAUGGGGACCAAUGACAUGUAAUGAGAACUGUUCAUAUCCGAAAGUUCACAGCCAAGAGGUAAAGGGGAUACACAUCACAUGGCGACCAAAUCGUUGUGGGGAGUGGGAAGGAGAGAAAGGUGACUGCUGGUUUGAAGAUGCCACUAAUAUGGUUCUUUGUCGAGACCAAUACGCAGAAUUUUCUCUUCCCUUGUUUCGUGGCUUUGCAAUAGUCGUGACUUCUAUAGCUAUCCUUUGGUUUGCAGCAAAAUUUGCUUUGGGAUUCCCAAUUGUUGUGGGUUUUCUAAUAUAUAAAAUGAGAAGGAGGCAUUUAUCUGAGUAUGAUGACAUUGAGGAUUUCCUAAGAAGUCACAGCAAUUUAGUGCCCAUUAAAUACUCUUACUCUGACAUAAGAAGAAUGACAAAAAAUUUCAAGCACAAGUUAGGAGAAGGGGGUUAUGGUUCUGUAUAUAAAGGAAAGCUUCGAAGCAAGCGUGAUGUGGCUGUUAAGCUAUUAGGCAAGUCAACAACAGAUGGGCAUGAUUUCAUCAAUGAAGUUUCCACCAUUGGAACUAUUCGUCAUGUAAAUGUGGUGCAAUUGAUAGGAUUUUGUGCAGAGAGAAGAAAGCAAGCUCUUGUUUAUGAGUUCAUGCCAAACGGAUCUUUAGAUAAAUACAUACUUUCUGAGCAUGAAAAAUCAUCAAUAAAUUAUGAGAAGAUCAAUGAGAUUUCUUUAGGGGUGGCUUGUGGGAUUGAGUACCUACAUCAAGGCUGCGACAAGCAAAUCCUACACUUUGACAUCAAACCUCACAAUAUUCUUCUUGAUGAGAAUUUUUCUCCCAAGAUUUCAGACUUUGGAUUGGCAAAACUAUAUCCAACAGAUAAAAGUAUUGUGUCUCUAACUGCAGCUAGAGGCACAAUGGGAUACAUGGCUCCUGAAUUGUUGUACAAAAACAUUGGAGGCAUCUCACACAAGGCUGAUGUUUAUAGUUUUGGGAUGAUGCUGAUGGAAAUGGCAGGAAGAAGAAAGAACCAUGAUGUUGUGCAGAAUUCAUGGCAGACUUACUUUGCGAAAUGGGUUCAUGAUCAGUUUGAAGAAACAAUAUUUAAAAGCAAUGCCACAGAAGAAGAGAAGAAGAUAACCCUGAAAAUGAUUACAGUUACUUUUACUUGCAUACAGCUGAGCCCAAGUGAUCGCCCCUCAAUGGGCAGAGUAGUGGAGAUGCUUCAAGGGGAUGUUGACGGCUCAGAGGUCUUCAGAGCAUAGUACGAGUGACUGUUCAAUUUAGCGUAAGGCGUGUGAAAAUGAAAUAAUAUUUGUAAGAAACAAGCAUGAUCUAUCAUGAAUUUACGUUGACGGAUCGAACUGCCAGGCACAUGAAGUAGUGCAUCAUUUCAUGAGCCAUUUUGUAUUCAAAAAACCUUUUUUUUGGCCAGCAAGUAUCUCCCCCCUUAGGCUGGGGGGUUUUGCCUCA